AUGAUUGAAUUUGAUGACUCUCUCAACGUCUCGGCUAUCGAAGAGACUACAAGCAGCAACAACAACAACAACCUGUCAAAUAUAUGGUCCGAAACUAUCAAUAACAAUAAUACUAAUAACAACUCAACACAGGAUGUUGUUCUUCUUCAUAGUGAGGAUUUUCUUGAGCUCUAUCUACAAAAAUGUUCCGAUUACUCCAUCCAAAAACCAUGUUCUCGUUUGAUUAAGGAGUAUUCAAAACUGAAGGAAAAAGGAAAACGAAUGAGACAUUUGAUAUUGAAUGGAAAUUGUGUUUCAAUGUUUGAAAAUCGGCUUCAAAAUUUGGAUGUUUUUUCCAUUUGUGAUACUCUUGAAAUUCUUAAUACAUCUUUUAUUGUGAGUUGCGAUCUGUCUUACAAUAACAUUGGCGACAGCGGAGCAAAUGCAAUUUCAAGAAUGCUAAAAAUCAAUACUUCAAUUCAACAUCUUUCUGUAAAAUCAAAUGCUAUCUCUGAACGAGGAGCAUCCGAUAUUGCUGAUGCUCUCAAAGAAAAUCACUCACUUAAAUCGUUUGAUUUUAGCUAUAACUCGAUUGAGGACAAAGGUGGAUUGAAAAUGGCAGAAAUGCUAAAGGAAAAUUCAACGCUGAAAUAUCUGAAUUUAAAUGCUUGCGAUUUGAAAACAUCCUCAAUAACAUUGCUUGCCAUUGUCGUAAGAGCACAUCCUAGCCUAAGAGAACUUAGAAUUGCAAAAACUGUCAUGAACUCCAAAAAAGAGGAAACUGUUGUACAUUUAUCCGAGAUGUUUAAGGUGAAUGAGAUACUUCGCUCUCUCGAUUUGAGCUUUCAAUCCUUAAGUGACAGUGGCGUAACGGUUUUCUUUCAGGGAAUUAUGAUGUGCAGAACAUUGACACAUCUUCGACUCAGCGCUAAUUGUAUCACCCUAAGCACAGACAUUAUUUCUCGUUUUUUGGAAAAUCCAAAUUGUGCUCUUCAACUGUUGGACUUGUCAGCGAACAGAAUAGACAGUGAUGGAGGUAAACAAAUUGCAAGAAGCUUGAUCAAAAACAAAACGCUUAUUCAUCUCGAUCUUUCGAACAACAACAUUGGAGAUGAUAGUUUAACAUUCUUGUCAAAAACUUUGCUCAGUAAGAAUGAUGUCCUCAAAAAACUCAUGAUUGCCGACAACAAAUUCUCACAACCCUCCAUUCAAGCUUUUCAUGACCUCACAAAGGAACGAUUUGAUAUUGAGAUUGAUGUCUAUACAUACAAGACCGAUCAAACCUAUUAUUGGACUCGUAAAACCACACCACUCAAAUACGAACACAAUGUCGACACUAAGGAGGAGCAAGUUGCCGAAAUUGAACAGCUCCUUGUUUCUUGCUUUGCUGACAAUGUCAAUCCAAUGACCAACCUGGACAGGAUUGUUCGUUGA